CCGCGCCAUUCAUCCCCACACGUACAAGCGACUCUGCACCUGACUGGCUUUGGACAUCCGGAAUUGCGCAGAUCCACGAUAUUCUCAAGAUGUCGGAGAAACCCACACCUUCGAAAGCGAACGAAUGGUCCGGCGACAAAGCCACCAAGUUCGACAACAAAGCAUUCAGCGAGUAUUACGAUCCAUGUCAGGAGGCGGCGGAUAGAAGCAUACGGUGUUUGAAGAGGAAUGGCGGAGAGAGGGCUAUGUGCUCGGACUUUUUCCAAGCAUAUCGGGAUUGCAAAGAGCAAUGGCAAGCUGCAAGGAAAGAAGCUAGAAAGAACAAGUCAUGGUUUGGGUGAACUGAGGACACCGGAAGUUCGAACGUGAAUAGCUGUACAACAUCUCCUCUCUGCAUAAGCACGGCGUUUGGGCACGGUAUUUUAUGGCAAAAAUGGGUGAUUGUAGUCCAUAGAUUGGUUGGCCAGUAUGGAUAUCUAAACUGGUAGCUCAAUGGUCUGCGAGACAGCCAGACGCUACCAGUCUGCAUUGGUCAACAGACAAGGACAGACUAGCAGUCAAUGUAUACUAAGAAUGGACUUUAUGUGAUUGCAAAUACAGAUUGAAAACUACUAC